AGAAAGAAAGACAAGAGUUAUUUCUGGAAUAACAUUAACAAGAGGAACCUUUCUUACGAACAUGGUGGGUGGGAGCAUCCGCCUUCACACCGCCAGGAGGACAGUGGAAACGUGGUGAUGAGGGAUGUCCAUGAGGAUUCUUACGUAAGACACAGCACUCAUGCCAUCAGAUGCAACAAGAGGAGAGGGAAAGGGAAUAAUGAAGACCCUAUCCAUAUUACUGUGUGGAGAAAUAGAAAACCUCCAAGGAGAGGAACAGGGGAGAACACACAAGAUGGAACCAUGGGGAGCUGGUUCAAGGUCACAUUGAGUAUUCCAUAUGGGAGAAAGUAUGACAAGACAUGGCUAAUGAAUUCAAUCCAGAGCCACUGCAGUGUCCACUUCAGCCCGGUCAAUUUCCACUAUGUCAAAAAUCGGGCCCAGUUCUUUGUCCAGGACGCUAGUACUGCUUCUGCACUGAAGGAUGUCAGGUACAAGAUUUGUGAUUAGAAGAAUCGAAAGAUAUGUGUCUUUGUCAGUCCUUCUGCUGUACCCUACUCUGUGCAGAAUAAGUUGAAGCCAGAACAAAUGGAGCAGCUAAAGCUGACCAUGAACAAACAAUACGAUGUCUCCCAGCAAUCUCUAGACCUCCAGAGGCUGCGCUUUGAGCCAGACUUGGUGGGCCAUGAUAUCGACAUAAUCCUGAAUCGAAGAAACUGCAUGGCUGCCACCCUGAGGAUCAUUGAAAGGAAUUUCCCUGAGCUGUUGUCCUUAAACUUGCACAACAACAAACUGUACCAGCUAGAUGGCCUGUCUGACGUUAUAGAGAAGGCCCCUACAGUCAAGAUCCUGAAUCUUUCCAAAACUCAGCUGAAGUCGGUAUGAGAGUUGCACAAGGUGAAAGGGCUGAAGCUAGAAGUUCUGUGGCUAGAUGGGAACCCCUUGUGCAGAAACUUCCCAUACAAACCUGCCUAUGUAAGUGCCAUCCAGGAUUGUUUCCCCAAGUUGUUACGCCUGAAUGGCCAAGACCUAUACCCACCAAUUAUUGUUGACACAGACAUCCUUGAGUUAAUAAAGCCGUGUAAGGAGGCUUUAUCAACCACAUAAAUCCAAGCUGUCCAGAAAAUCUAUACAGGAUCUGAGACCUUAAAGCGUGUAGCUUUGCAGUUCCUGGUCAGGUAUGACUUGAUCUAUGACUCUGGUGAUCAAAAGAAUCUCCUUGCAGCUUACCACGAUGAGGCCUGCUUCUCUCUGACCAUUCCCUUCAACCUCGAAGACCCAGCCUUGGGCAGCUUGUGCAAGUACUUCAAGGAUGACAGGAAUGUGAAGAAGCUGAAGGACCCCUACCUGCGGAGGCGGCUGCUGAAGCACACAAAACGUGACAUCGUGGACUUCCUCAGUGUGUUGCCCAAAACUCAGCAUGACCUCAGCUCCUUCAUGGUGGACAUAUGCAUCCAGACGGAAACGAUUCUCUGCUUUUCUGUCAGUGGGGUGUUCAAGGAAGUGGAAGGAAAGUGUCAGGGUUCUAUUGGUGCCUUCACCUGGAUCUUCGUCGAUAUCUCUGGCAGCAAUUCCAGGUAAGUGCUGUCCUGCACACAGCUGAUUAUGACGAAUGUCAGCCCCAAUGAGAUCCAGAGUUGCUUCUCCAUUCCUGUGGCCACACCCUGCACUAGCUCAACGCCCACUGUCUCCCAGGAGCAGCAGGAAAUGGUGCAGGCUUUCUCCAUGCAGUCUGGGGUGAAACAUAAGUGGUCUGAGAAGUGCCUUCAGGACAACGAGUGGAACUACACCAGGGCUGCUCAGGUCUUCACUAUGCUCCAGACUGAGGGCAAGAUCCCACAGGAGGCUUUCAGACAAAUCCCCUAA